AUGAAUUGUUUUGUGAUGGGAGUGUCUGAUGAUCUAGUUGAGGAGUAUUGUUUGGUGAUGCUUCAUGACAACAUGGACAUUUCUUAUUUGAGAAUGCAUUCUCAACAAGUUGAAGAGAGUAGGCUUAAGAGGAAGAUUAGGGAUACUAGGAAGACAAAGUCUUAUGAAAGAGGUACUUCUAAGGGAAGGUUGGAAGUUCAAGACAAACCUAAUUUCAAGAAGAGUUUCUUCAACCAAGUUCCUUCUAAUUUCACCAAGGCUCGUAAUUAUUGUGUAUCUAACCCUAGACCCCAAAGGGGAAGAGGUGGUGAUUCACCAAGUGAGAAAUCUACUUCUAUCAAAUGUGAUAGGAAGCAUGUGGGUCAAUGCCUAGUUGGAAAGGAUAAUUUCUUUUGUUGUGGAAAGAGUGGCCAUAAGGUGAGGGAUUGUACUAUGGUAAAAAGUAAAGUAAAGGGAAAUAUCCAAGCUCAAGCAAGUGGUCCUAGUUCAGAUGCUUCUAAGAAUAACCGCUUCUAUGCUCUCCUCUCUAGGGGUAAUUAA